AUGGCACAGUGGCUGGAGGCUAGGAGAGGGGUCGACAGUGAUGAACUAGGGCACAGGGACGACGUCGCUGGAGUCAGGGCAGAGGCUAGAGUCGGGUCCUCGACUGCGUUGGCUCGAGUGUCGCCGGCGCUGUCUAGUGCGGCGACGGCGCUGUCGGAAAAGGUGUAUCCAAGUCAUCGCUUUACAAAGUAUGCAUUGGUAAUGAAAGGUUGUAGAUCAGUACACCACAAUAUUGAACUCAUUGAAAGUUGCCAGGUUGUAAUGUGCGCGUGGCGCCAACUAGCCCUCUACAGGUACCUUCACCCGUCCGUAGAGCGCGCCGGUGCUGGUCCCCGCUCCUUCAGCGAUGAAAUCUUCUCGCGCCUAUUCAAUCAGCGUAUUGUUUGCAUCAAUGGCCCUAUCUCCGACGACACGGCUUCUUUCGUCAUCGCCCAGCUUCUAUUCCUCCAGAGCGAAUCCUCCCAUGAUCCCAUCCGCCUCCGCAUUAACUCCUUUGGGGGUACCAUCACUGCCGGCCUCGCUAUUUAUGAUACCGUGCGGUACAUCAGCAGUAGCACCCCUAUCUCCACUCUCUGUAUAGGCCAGGCCACCUCCAUAGGCUCGCUACUCCUUGCGGCUGGCACCCCUGGAAAGCGCAGCGCCCUCCCCCAUUCCCGUAUCAUGAUCCACCAGCCAACUGGUGAGCCCUUCAACAAGGCCACGCGCAUUGCCAUGCAUGCCAAGGAGAUUCUCAAACUCCGUGAGUGCGUCAACAAGAUCUAUAGCUACCACACGGGGCAAACUAUCCGGCAAAUCGAGCAGUGCAUGGAUCGUGACAUGUAGGCCAAGGAAUUCGGACUGAUCGACAGGGUAAUUGUGCCCAAGCCUUCCAAACCAAGAGACCUCAAACGAAGAACUAAAAGUAGUAACGAUGAUGGAAAUGGGGGCAAGGAACAGAAAUGAUGGUUCUAGCAUAUGGCUGGGCACUUUUCCUCUUGUUCUCCGGGCUUAAUUAUCUCGUAAAUCCUGUCUUUUUUAUUCCAGUCGUGUGUGGAAAAAUAUUAGCAUAGACAUGUCAAAAUUAACU